AUGGCUCUUCCGGAUCCCGGUAUGCCUCCCGGUCGUUUCCACCACGCCAUAUUCGUCGAACAAGAGGAUGAUGGCUCUGGUACUGUCUAUCAUGUUGUCGGCGACGUCACAUUGAGACAAGGAAUGAGCUAUGAGAGUAAAAAGGCUGAGAAUCCAGAGGAGUUGGAAACAUUCCAUUCCAGGGAACUGCUUGGUUACACGCAUUCCAGUCAACAUCCGGGGAUCUGGGAUUCCGUCCUCAGUGCCCUACCCACUCCGCCUCAACAGAAAGCCUCAAACCCAAAGAAGCAAGGAAAAGUCGAGCCCUUCAAGGAGAAAGUUGGCGAUUACGAAUAUGUGUUCUACGGUCCGGACGAAGAUCGUAAACCUCUCUGGAAAUGCACUGAGUGGGUAGAGCGGUAUGCCAUUCCUGCUCUCUGGCAACGUGGUCUUCUUCAACAGGGGGGCUGUUAG